CUCCGCCACGACCGCAUGCCACGUGACAGAAGAAGACCGAGCGGCGUUCGGUGGAAAACAAUCAUGGCGAUGGAGAGCGACGUGCAGUGUGAGAUAGAAGUGCUGCAGUCCAUCUACUUGGAGGACCUGCAGGUGACCAGGACACAGGACAGGCGCCGGGAGGUCAGCCUGGUCCUGUACCCGUCCACAGCCGAGGAUUCCGGCUCUCAGUUUGUCCGACUCACCUUGACGCUGACGCUGGAUGAGCAGUACCCGUGCUCGUCUCCUCACAUCUCCAUCCACAACCCGCGAGGUCUGUCGGACGACAAGCUGAGCAGUGUGCACGAGUGUCUGCAGAUGGAGGCGGAGUCGUGUGUGGGCUCGCCGGUCUUGUAUCAGCUGAUUGAGAAAGCAAAAGAAAUCCUGACGGACAGCAACAUUCCGCACGGAAACUGCGUCAUCUGCCUCUACGGCUUCAAGGAGGGGGAGACGUUCACCAAGACCCGCUGCUACCACUACUUCCACUCGCACUGCCUGGGCCGCUACGCCAGCCACUCGGAGAAGGAGCUCCGCUUCCUGGAGAAGGAAAUGGCGGAGGACAAGACCGCAGCACGCCACCAGGAGCUGACGGUGGUGUGUCCCGUGUGCCGCGAGCCUCUGGCCUACGACCUGGACCAGCUGCUGGCCAGCGCCGCCCCCCACCUGCCCGAGUUGGACGGCGCCGCCAUCCAGUCCGGUUUCCAACAGAAGUGGCGAGAGCUUCAGAAGGUCCUGGAGAGACAGCGGAGGAGAGGCGGCGUCAUCGACCCCGAGGUGGAAUCCAACCGGUUCCUCAUCCACAUCAACGAGGCGCCGCUGUCACACGCUGAUGUAGAUGCCGCCCAGGACCACCCGUCACUCGCUGCCCCGCAGCCGUGUCCUCCGCCAUCGCGGCAGUGUCCUCCGCCAUCGCAGCCGUGUCCUCCGCCAUCGCCGCAGUGUCCGCCGCCAUCGCAGCACUGCACUCCUGCACAGACGCACUGCCGAGGCGCUCAGGCUCACAAGCGCCACAGUCAUGGCAGGGGUCCGAGGCGAGGGGGGGGGCCCAGGCCACGUCACAGCAGGGGCGCACCCAUCACGGAACACCUGGACCGACUCCGUCUGUCCUCACACGCCUCCGAGGGGCCACCGAGCGGCAACGCCGAGGGACGCACAGACGUGAAAGACACCAGCUCAGAACCCGACGUGACCCAUUUCACCCCCCUUCAGGCAGGAAGUGACGGCCUGAAGCGCGCUGCAGGGGGGCGGGGUCAUCGUGGAAGGAGAAGAGGCACCCCCCCACAGCACUCUCCCCGCGGGGAUCCCCCUCAACACCACCACUGGGACCCUCGAUCUCCAAGAGGGGGGGCGCCCCGCCAGCAGAGGGUGGGGGGCAGAGAGGAGGGGCUAUGACCAAAGGCUACAUUUGGUCCAUUCAUUAAACUUGUCUGAAAGCA